AUGUGUUACAAAGUCGUCGAACGUUACUCUGUCUGCAAAUGUCUCUACUUCGAGCACUCGAUCGACCCAUGCUCUGCUUAUGGACAGCGUGGUCAUGAAGUACAAGAAAAGACCGUGCUUGUGGGUUAUACCUGUGACCGACACUCCAGAUUUGGUAUAUCGACUGCUUCGCCUGGUGCGAGUCAAUGGUCGGAUUCUGGGUAUGGGAGUCUGGAUCUGAGUCGGCGCCAGGAUGAAGAGGACAGUGUGGGGGAAUAUUGGUAG